AUGGAAGUGUGUCCUUACUGUAAGAAGCCAUUUAAACGAUUAAAAUCCCACUUGCCACACUGUAAGAUGAUAAGGCCGACUGUACCUGCUGAUCACAAAGCUUGUCAGUCCAAGCUAGCUACACGCCCACAUGCUACAAGCAGGAAAAGACCAAUCACAGAUUUAAAUAACACUAAAGAGAGAGAAUUAGAGACCAGGAGUGAAAAAAGAAAUACCAAGUUGAUAAAGGACAAACCAGAACGGACAGUGAAGUCUUUUCCACUACCGGCCGUUGGUUUAGAAAGAGCAAGUAACACAAAGGCAGAUGAAUACCUCAAGAAUCGAGUUCGGUGCUCCCUCAAAAUGCUAAAAGAUACUGAACCAAAGGUUGCUUUCCAGGGAGAAACCAAGGCUCAGUUUUAUGCAUCAGAAAAUACCACUCCUAACAAAGAACUUCCCAAAGAUUUGCCUCCAUUGGGGGAGAGUAGAAUUAAGCUUUCAGAAACCAAAGCAUCUUUACCUCUUGGCCCAGUAGAACCUUCUUCAUCAAAUCAAGAUAGAAAACUUUCAACCUUACCCAGUGAUGUACAGACCACUUCUCCUGAUUUAAGAUUGGACAAAAUUGAUCCCCCAAGACAGAAACUUCUAGUAAAGUUAGUAGGUACAGCUAAUGGUGAUUAUCGUAGUUCUCCCAUGAAUCUCCAUCAUGGGAUUGAAAGAGUAAGAACGUCCUUGUCAAGCAAUGAGACAGAGUCCAAGGCCAGGGACCACCUCUUAGAAGUCUCUAGUGAUGUUAGAGACCCUGAGAUUCAAGAAAAGAGAAUAGAAUCACAAUUUUUAAAUUUUAAAGUUAGCCCAUUAGGUGAAAUCCACAUCAGGGAGAACCAAGGGGAAGGACUUGACCUUGGAGUAGAGGCAAGAGGGAGCACAGGAAAUGCAGAGAAAAGUGUAUCUGUGACAGACACGCAGGAACGGGCAAAGAACUUCAGUGGUGGUGAUUCGGCCACAGAGAAGAAAUGUCGAGACGAAGGUCCCGAUUUAAAUUCGUUCACUCCAAGGGAGACGACUUGCGGUGAGCUACUUUCUGUAUCACAGUCGUAUAAUCAAAAUCUGGCCUCUCUGGCUGUCCGAUUUUUUCAAGAAGAAAAAGCAGCAGCCUGCAGUCCUCACCGAGUCCCUGAUAUGAAGGUGUUCACAGAGCGUAGUGAGCGAGCUCCUCUACCGCACGGACCGGGCUGUGGGCCCCAGGCAUCACAACCUGGGUGCCAGCAGCCUUCACAUUCAGUCCUGCUCCACGCCUCUGACAGCCCCUUCAGUCAGGUGGGCGUGGCUGGCAGGAAGGGCGUCUCAAGCUCCCUGGGCCUGGAGUGGUUUCCAGAGCUCUAUCCUGGUUAUCUUGGACUGGGGGUGUUGCCAGGGAAGCCCCAGUAUUGGAAUGCAAUGGCCCAGAAGCCUCAGCUCAUCAGUCCCCAGGGGGAGAGACUCUCACAAGUUCCUUUGUUGGAAAGAAGCUCGACUGCUCUCAGGAGUUUGGGACCCCCGACCAGACUUACGCCCUCCAGCUUGUCUCUGAUGAGGCUCUUGGGAGCUGUCCAGAAAGGCUGGGUCAGAUGCAGCACCACUGUGAGGAGUGGAGUUGGGGGCGUCACCAUGCUCUUCACGGGGUACUUCGUCCUCUGGUGCAGCUGGAGUUUCAGGCAUCUGAAGCUGCAGCGCUGGCGUAAGUAG